AUGGAGGUGGAAGGAUCGUCGAAGAAGAUGAUAGCAACACAGGAAGAAAUGGUGGAGGCUAAGGUUCCUCUGGGGUACAGAGACCAGUGUGCGCACCUCUUGAUCCCUCUCAACAAGUGCAGGCACGCCGAGUUCUACCUUCCAUGGAAGUGCGAGGCCGAGCGCCACGUCUACGAGAAGUGUGAGUACGAGCUCGUUAUGGAGAGGAUGCUUAAGAUGCAAAAGAUCCAAGAAGAAGAAGCCAAGCUCAAGCAGUCCCAGAAACAGCCCAUUCCUCUCAUUCCCAAAACCGCCAAUGCUUAGAAUUUUUCGAUCUUUUGGUUUGUUCUUUUCAUCCUUACUCUUGCUUUUAAAUUAAACCUUGGGUUUCUCCUUGAAAUUUGGAUCGUUUCUGUUUUCUAGGGUUUAUUAAUUACUGGGUGUCUGCACAAAUCGAGCCUCUGUGGUUGAAAUUUUUCUGGGUUUGUGCUGGUCGGUUUUUGUUCAAGGGCGUAAUCCAGGGUUGGUCAAUGAGAAUGUAGGGGUUUUUUAUGAUUGAUUGUUAUUUGAGGUUCUAUUGUCUAAUAGUGUCAUGCACAAUCUAGAUUCUGUUUAUGAAAUUUACGGUUUUUGU